GGCGCAUGCGCCCUGCUGCGGGCUGACGUCCAGGGGCCGGUCGGAUCAGAAGGGCCUUCUCUGUGUUUGCGGUCCUUGGACGCUGGGAGGCGUCAGAGAUGCAGGGUUUCGUAUCUCGGAGCGUGACUCCUCCCCGUCGGGGGCUGGAGCCAGGGUGAACCAUCCUGGCGCGAGGUAACCGGGAGGAAUCUAGGCAGCCCCGAGGAGGGGAGGCAGUGUCUGCACCAGGGCCCAAGGUCACUGGGCAACCGGCUGACACGUAUUGCGUGCCUCAGGCCUGACGAGCGGCGCUAAGGACGCAUCAGUCCCCGGGGCUGCACUGGCUGUAUCCCAGUCAAGUGUCCACCGGUCCACGGGACAGGCUGUUGGCCUCCGCCUGUCCAGCCUCUGACUCACUUGACUGGUGGCCAGAUAGCUGGAAAACCACACCCCCACCGCGCGCUGCCCCUGCUCCCAUCUCUGGCGUUUGUAGGGAAAUCACUGCCCAAGUCCCGCCUAAGGUUACAGAGGGUUGCUAGAGAAGGCCCUAGAACUGGAACUGCUGUGGGGGUCCUGAUACUAGACCCGUGACUGCCAUCUCUCUCAGGUCCCUACGUCUCUUAGGUGACUGCCCUAUGGUCCUGCCCACAGCCCUCUGCAGGGCAGGGCAGGACGGGGUGUGACUGGAGCUUGCCCUCUGGCAGUUCAAGGCCACAGGUCUCAGACCCUGACUGGCACCCCAGAACUUUUGAACCCCUCGGGAAGGGUUUCUGGGCUGCUGGGUGCCAAGUUCUGGAGAGACAGAUCUGUCCCAGGAGUGUGGCUCUUGGGAGCUGCUGCCCACUCUCCUCCAUAGUUGGGGUGACUCAGCCCAGCAACCAUGCCAGGUCCAUCUGAGUCAGCUGAGACGGGGAGGAGCAAGCAGUACCCACAGGGAGGAGGAGCCCAGAAGCAGGAAGAGAUUCUCUUCUCACUUUCCCUCCCUCUUCAGGACCCUGGAUUGCUAGAGAGGGUGGGGAAUCAUUCUUCCUUGCCCCUUUGAGGGCAGACUGGACAGGGUCCUGGCCUGGCUUCCGUGAAUGGGAAAAGGGAAAGGGGACUGGUGCAGAGAGCCGGUUUUGGUCUGGGUCAGGGAAUGGGGAAAUGGAGGCAAGGGGAGGCAGUGUGUCGGGGGGGGGGUGUCACCAAAGGGCAAACCCAGAGUGGGGCAGGUUGAUGCUGUACCAGUCAGGUGGGAUGCAGAGGCCAUGAAGCCUGAGGGCCCCCUCUGUGCCCCAGAAGAGCCAUGGCUCCAAAGCGCAAGCCCCAGGUGCAGUGUGAGGGCCCUGAAAAAAAGAAGGGGCAGCAGGGGGCAGAGGAGGAGGACAGCUUCCGCUCCACCGCCGAGGCCCUCAGAGCUGCCCCCACAGACAAGCUCAUAGUCCGAGUGGAUCGCCCACUCAGCCACAGCCCUGGGACUCAGGUGCAUGAAGACUAUGCAUGCACCCUGAACCAGACCAACAUCAGAAGCAACAACAAUAAGUUCUACAUCAUCCAGCUGCUGGAAGAGGGUGACCGCUUCGCCUGCUGGAACCACUGGGGCCGUGUGGGAGAGGUGGGCCAGUCAAAGUUCAGCUACUUCAAGCUACUGGAGGAUGCAAAGAAGGACUUUGAGAAGAAAUUUCGGGACAAGAUCAAGAACAGCUGGGUGGAGCGGGACCACUUUGUGGCCCACCCGGGCAAAUACACGCUUAUUGAAGUGUAGGGAGACAACGAGGCCCAGGAAGCCGUGGUGAAGGUGGAUGGAGACCCCGUGAGGGCCAUGGUACAGCACGUAUGGCCCUGCUUCCUGGACGCAGCCACACGGAAGCUCAUCACCAACAUCUUCAGCAAGGACAUGUUCAAGAAUGCCAUGACCCUCAUGAACCUCGAUGUGAAGAAGAUGCCCCUAGGGAAGCUGAGCAAGCAGCAGAUUGCACGAGGCUUCGAGGCUUUGGAGGCCCUGGAGGUGGCGCUGAGAGCCCCCACGGACGGUGGCCUCAGCCUGGAGGCACUGUCCUCCCACUUCUACACUGUCAUUCCCCACAACUUCAGCCGCAACCAGGCCCCGCCCAUCAAAUCCCCUGAGCUCCUGCAGGCCAAGAAGGACAUGCUGCUGGUGCUGGCCGACAUCGAGCUGGCCCAGACCCUGCAGGCAUCCCCCGAGGAGGAGAAGGUGGAGGGGGUGCCACACCCACUGGACCGAGACUACCGGCUCCUUAAGUGUCAGCUCCACCUGGACCCAGAGGCGCCCGAGUAUAAGGUGAUACCCGCCUACUUAGAACAGACUGGCCACAGCUACAGGUGCCCGGCUCUUCACCAUGUUUGGGAAGUGAACCGAGAAGGGGAGGCGAGGGAGGACAGGUUCCAGGCCCACUCCAAGCUGGGUAAUCGGAAGCUGCUGUGGCAUGGCAUCAACGUGGCGGUGGUGGCCGCCACCCUCACCAGUGGGCUCCGCGUCAUGCCACCUUCCGGCGGCCGCGCUGGCAAGGGCAUCUGCUUCGCCUCAGAGAACAGCAAGUCAGCCGGCUAUGCUUCCCUGGGUCCCCCGGUUACUGGCAUAUCCUGUGGAGCCCACCAAAUUGGCUAUAUGUCCCUGGGGGAGGUGGCACUGGGCAGAGAGCACCACAUCACCAUCGAUGAGCGCAGCUGGAAACAGCCAACCUCUGGCUCCAACAGUGUCCUUGCCCGAGGCCACACAGAGCCUGAUCCAACCCAGGACACUGAGCUGGAGCUGGAUGGCCAGCGAGUGGCGGUGCCCCAGGGCCGGCCUGUGCUCUGUGCAGAGUUCUGCAGCUCCCAGUUCUCCCAGAGCAAGUAUCUCAUCUACCAGGAGAACCAGCGUCGCCUGCGCUACCUGCUGGAGGUUCACCUCUGAGCUAUCUGCCUACCCCCACCCCUGGGGCUUGCUGGCAGCUAGACCAUCAGCCUUAACCUUCCUGCCCAUCCCUGGUGCCCCCAAAUCUCGCUUUUGUGUCCCAGGCAAUGAUCCCCCCCGCUCCGAUCUUUGCUAGCCCUGGCAUGGCCACAGCCCCAGAGUCUCACCUCCUACGGUGACGGGCAUGAUGGACUGCCAUUAUCACUGGGGCACAGACAGAUACAGCCGCCGUUCAAGUUAGAGGAGCACAGGCUGAGAGUGGGUGGAGUCCCACAUCCACCCGGGCUGUCCACCCUGACCCAGACCAUCUGCCCAAGAGGUGUGAGUACCAGGGCAGGCUGAACUUCAAGCAUAUAUAGCAAGUUUAUUAAAUAUUGUAUCCACUCACUCCCUGGCCUCCGCUUGUCUGUGCUGCAGCUGCACUAAGCGUGGGCCUCCUUCUCUCUCGUCGGGGACCCGCCACACCACACAGCAGCCCCAGCCCUGCUCUAGGGAGUGAGCACUCACAAGGGUGAUGUGGGACACACACACACACACACACACACACACACACACACACCAUCGAUCUACAUCCAUGUCCGCAACACCUGGCCUCCUGAUCAUUGAGCCUUCAAAGGGGACUCUCAACAUUUGGGGACCCAUGUAGUGAUUCUGCCUUUUAGCCCAGACACAGCCCGGCAAAUCAAGCAUUUCUCAUGUCUCGGCACCAAACAUCCACAUGUAUCUUAUAUGUGACUAUUAUUAAUAAGUUCAGCAUAUAGCCAAGGGGUACUGUUCUAUAAUCAUGACAGGCAUGCCAGCCACCCCCCCUAGGUAACCCUGUCCCCAAAUGGGGGUGCGGGUUCUAGAGAGCAGGUUUGGGUCCGGUCCAGGGUCACACAUUGCAUUUAGUUGUCAUGCCUCAUGUGUCUCCUUCAGUCUGCAACCAUUCCUCGGCCCUUCUUUUCCCUUCAUAACUUUGACAUUCUUGAUACGGGAGGGGACAAGCCAGUUGUUGUACAGAAUAUCUCGAUUUGGGUUUGUCUGAUGCUGUGUCAUGAUCAGCUUCAGGCAUUGCAGUUUGGGCAGGAAUAUGACCUACGUGAUGUGUCCUCCGUGCAUUAUAUCCACAGGGAUAUGUCUCAUUCUCGGUGAUGUUAAUUUCAAUCUCUUGUGUCCACCAGGGGUCUCCACCUGAAAGUCACCAUUUUUCCUGUUUGUAAUUAAUCAGUGAACUGUGGGAAAAUAUCUUGAGGUGUAAGCGUCCCAUCCUUCCUGGACUUUUACCCACUAGCUUUAAUAUCCAUUGAUGAUUUUUACCUGAAAUCAAUGACUUAAAUCAAUUUUUGCUAAGAUGGUUGCAAACGACAGUUACCUAAUUCUCUCAUUUCUUUUAUAUUUAUUAAUCACUAGUCCCCUUUCUUUAUUAUCCGUAUGGACUUGUAGAUUCUUAUCUUAUGUGAUGGGUUAUAAUCCAUUACUGUAAUUAUUCUGAUCUUCAAAAUGUCCCAGAUUUUGCCAGAAGAAGGUCUUUCAAGCCAACUCUCAGAUCUACAUCAUUUUUUGAGCACUUCUUUCCUUUCUGGCAUCACAAAAUGUUCCAAGCUCAUCUCGUGCAAACCUGGAAUCAGCCAUUUCUCCAAGGAGCCCUGGUUCCCUAGAGCAGGAAAUGGUAUUUAACAUCCAAGAUUUGGGCAGUAGGUGUGCUCCUUGGUACCGGGGUACCAUUGUUUUUAAGUCCUUAUAGCAAAGAGAGCCAGAAAAUAUGUAUAUGUAAAUAAACGAACACAUCUAUCCAUGUCUAUUUCUCCAAUUCCAAUCCAACACCACAGGGUUCUUCCAUUCUCCCCCAAAUGUAUAGUUAAAAUGCCUCCUUUCUCUAACGGGAAGAACCUUGGUUUCCAUCAACCUUAAUAUAUUUACUUACUGCUUAAUCCCACACACAAAGGAGUUUCAGAGUUGCUACACCCAUACCAUUGUGAAAACCAAACUUUGUAAGUUGAGCUCAAGAUGUACUGAAUCUUUUUCAAGACUUAUCUUUUAGGCUGAGGGUCAAUGGUCAAAGGAGCAGUUUGGACAAAGGUUCAAAUAUCACUUGGUUGAGCUAUUUAUUUCUCUUCAGCAUGGUUGUUAUACAUUUGAAGUAUAGGGAGGUUCAUUUGUUUCUGUUUAUAAUUAACUUUUAGGGGGUUUUCCUCAUCUUCGUUGGUUGAUUUUUUCAAUACGUAGAACACUGACAUCGUUCCAAAAAGUCCAGUCUUUUGGACAGAAAUGUGUGCUCAGAAGAGCCUUUCACUCCAUUCCCACCCAUUUGCUAUAGUUUCUGCUUUAUCCUUCCUGUAUUUCUUUGUGCAAAUUAAGACAAAACAAGACACCAAAC